AUGAUGGACAUGACGGCUCCCAUCUGCGAAGACGGCCUCAACAGUCCAGAGAUGGUCGACUUCAUGAAGUCGCCGCUGAAGUUCGACCUGUACAUCAUGGAGAGGGGUCUGGUACCGUGCUUCUACGGCGUGGCUCACGCAGUCGGCUCCCCACCCGUGGUGGGCCUCGUGACCCUCGGAGCCUACCAUUACAUCCACUGGAACGAUGGCAACCCGGACAACCCAGCCUACACGCCGUGGUGGAUCCACCCUUACUCGGACCACCUAUCGUUCUGGCAGAGACACUACAGCUCUUACGUGUGGCUCUACUCUAAUUUAGUGUUGUCGAAUGUAGUGCUGCCCAAGCACGAGACUAUACAGAAGAACUACUUCGCUCAUCCGAACGUGAAAGUCUUCAUCACGCAAGGAGGCCUCCAGAGUUUCAAUGAAGCCACUUACUAUGGUGUUCCUUUAAUUGGAAUUCCAUUCAUGGGAGACCAGCACUACAAUGGCGAAAAAUUCGUAGCUGCUGAGACUGGCUACAGGUUGCAGUUCCGGCACGUCACGAAGGAUACUGUUUUAAAGGCUAUACGAACGGUUCUUGAGGAUCCCAGGUAUCGGGAAAACAUGAAGAAGUUGUCAGCAGUGUAUCGCGAGCACCAGGCACAGUCGAUGCCAAAAGCCAUCUGGUGGAUAGAAUAUGUACUACGUCACAAGGGAGCUCCACAUUUGCGAAGCGGAGCCAUGGAUCUCAGCUGGUACCAGCUGCUGCUGCUAGAUGUCGUCGCCUUCGUGCUGGCCGUAGCUGCAACCACAACACUUGCGCUGUAUUCACUGGCGAGAUAUCUUACAUCUCUGAUACUCAACGCCAAAAAACAUAAGACUGAAUGA